GGCCGGGUUUACCCUUAAAGAACUAAAGUCUAUCCUGAAAACCAUCUGGACCAGGCCCAAGUAAUCUUACUAUAUAUACCCCUUCGAAAUCGUUGUCUCUUCUCUGCUCUCUCUUCUUCUCUUUUUCAAGAUCCAACUUCCCUUGUUGGAUCGUAACAGCCAAAUAAGCCACUGAAUUCCUUGUCCGAACAAAAACCCUUUCUUUUUUCUUUCUCUUUGAAAGAUGUGGGCAAGUUCAGAAGGAGGUCCACCGGAGGUUACUUUAGAAACCUCCAUGGGCUCCUUCACUGUUGAGCUAUAUUACAAGCAUGCACCAAGAACUUGUAGGAACUUCAUUGAACUUUCCAGGAGAGGUUAUUAUGACAAUGUCAAAUUCCAUAGAAUUAUCAAGGAUUUUAUAGUUCAGGGUGGGGAUCCAACUGGGACUGGCAAAGGUGGAGAAUCUAUAUAUGGCCCUGUGUUUGAUGAUGAGAUAAGGUCUGAGUUAAAGCAUACAGGAGCUGGUAUUUUAUCCAUGGCUAAUGCCGGUCCAAAUACAAAUGGAAGUCAGUUCUUCAUUACUUUGUCACCAGCACCAUCUUUAGAUGGUAAACACACAAUAUUUGGAAGGGUAUGUAGGGGAAUGGAAAUUAUCAAGAGGCUUGGUAGUGUCCAAACUGACAGCAAUGACAGGCCCAUUCAUGAUGUGAAGAUAUUAAGGACUUCUGUCAAAGACUAGCACCAGCGCUGCAAUGAUGAAAAUUCUAGUGCUUAGGAAAGCUUUUCUUUUCCCUGACUAUUUUGGAACUGGAUCAUUCAUAAAUUUGUUAUCCAUUGUGUUAAGAGUUAAUUUAGCUGAAGUAAAACCACCGGCACUUCUUGGAGCUUCUCUUUA